AUGGAUACAUUAGUGCAGGUCCUCACACUUGGCACGGCCUUUAUUAUCUUCCUCGCCGUUUUCCGGCGAAGCAUUUGGCACGGCCGUGGUCCGGCGAGGCCGACAUUGGUCGAGAUCAGUGACUCUGCCGUCGCCCGCACAGCGCUGAUCGACCACGCCGACGCCUUCUCGAACCGCCCGCUCACGCUGUUCCCGGUGGCCUUGGUCACCGGGCAACGCCGCCGCCGGAGCGACAGCAUCAGCUCGGCGCAGUACGGCCCGCUCUGGCGCGCGCUCCGCUGCAACCUCACCUCCGAGGCUCUGCACCCCUCACGCUUCGACCAGCUCGGCCCGCUGCGGCGAGAGUUCGUGGCGGCCCUCGUCGCGUCGCUGUCCGCGAGGGUCGCCGGCGACGGCGGCGAUGUGGUCGUUAUCAGAGACAGCGUGCACGCUGCCGUGUUUGCUCUGGUGGCGCGCUUGUGCUUCGGCGACCUCGUGGGCGACGCUGCCCACCUGCUGGCCAUGCGGCGCGUGAUGCAGCAGUUCGUUCGCGCCAUAGGGGAGGCCAAUGCCUUCGCGGGCUCAUGGCUCACCAAGCUCCUGCACUGGAGGCAGUGGCGGCGCUUCGUCGCCUACCGCGGCCAGCAGGCCGCGUUCUUCCUCCCUCUCGUGUCGGAAAGGGACCGCCGGCGCCGUUCUGGGUGCUGCAACGACGGCGGGAUCAGGCCGUACGUUGACACUCUCAUCGACCUCCGUGUCCCCGACGACGACGAGGACGACGACGACAACGACACCGCCCGGCGCGCGCUCACGGACGACGAGAUGGUGAGCCUUCUGUCGGAGUUCCUCGGCGCCAGCACGGAGUCGGUCGUGUCCUGCAUCGAGUGGGCACUCGCUCACCUCGCCGCCCAGCCGGAGGUCCAGGAGAAGCUGCGCCGCGAGAUAGCAGGAGAUGGAGGCGGCGAGGGCGGCGCGGUGCCCGAGGAGCGGCUCCGCACGUUGCCGUACCUGCACGCCGUCGUGCUCGAGGCGCUUCGCCUGCACCCGCCGGUGCCCUUCCUCAUGCGCGAAGCCCACGCGGACGCGGAGGGUGCGGCGGCGGUGGCCGGCGGCGGAACAACGGCGGUGCCUGCAGUGGGCGGCGGCGGGAGGACGCGGGUGCAUUUUCUUAUACGGGACAUGGCGAGGGACAGGAAGGACUGGACGGACCCCGACGAGUUCUGGCCGGAGCGGUUCCUCGCCAACGGUGAGGCGGAGGGCGUCGGCGCGGUGCCCGGGCCGAAGGAGAUCAGGAUGAUGCCCUUCGGCGCCGGCCGGAGGUACUGCCCCGGUGCUGGGAUGGGCAUGGUGCACAUCAAGUGUUUCCUCGCCGGGCUCGUGCGCGAGUUCGAGUGGGCACCGGCGGCCGAUGGACAUGGCUGCGGGAUUGACUUCACAGAGCUGGACGGCUUCUUCAAGGUGAUGAAGACGCCACUCAGAGCGCAUGUCAAGCGGAGCACCUAG